CGAAGAUCCAUCGCUUGAUUCUCUUGCAGCACCAUGGCUAUUCCCAAAUAUCAGCAACGAGGAAAAGGUCAUUCAAAUAAUCGGGGCAAAUCAAAAGGUCCUGUGCCGGGAUCAACGCUUCCGCAAUCGAUGCGUGAAGAACUUGAUAUGCAAGAAGCCGAUGAUCGCAAAUUCGGAAAGAACUAUGUGAAUAAGGCGGCCAACCGUAAAGAACUUCGGAAGCAAAAGCGGGCCGACAAGGGUAAACGCAAAUUAGCGCAUCAACAACUUGCCCACAUGACCCCGCAGCAACGACAGCAAGCGGCCGAACCACCGAGAAAGAAACAAAAGACUAUUGUCCAACCAGGUGUCGUCCCGAAAAAAGUAGCGGAAAAAGCACCACCGUCGAAAAAAGCGAAAUCUUCGGAAGAGGCCUUGAAACAAUUCUCGAAAUCCAACCCGCAUCUGUACUCAUUGCUGGAGCAGGAUGAUCUGGUGCAAGGAUCCAAUAGCAAAACGGCAUUUGCGCAGGACGAUAAAGAGAUUGCUUACUGGGAAAAGAAACUGGGUCUUAACAAGAAGAACGGUAAGUUGGGCAAGGCCUUUGAAGAAGAUGGCUUGCUCGAUAUUCUCGGUGGUAGUCUGUCGGACGAUCACGAAAUGGACGAUCAGGAAUAUUUGCGCCAAAAGAGACAAAAGAAAUUGGCCGAACGAAGCGAAGCGAAACUUGCCGAAGCCGCUGAACAAACUAUGGACGAUCUAUUCAACGAUUUCGAAAGCAGUGGCAGUGAGGAAGAAGAUGAUGAAGAAGACCAAGACGAGGACGAUGACGAAAUGGAAGGCCUUUAUUCUGACGAAGAACAUGACUUGGCAAGUGGAGAUGAUUUGGAUGAUGAGUCUGAUGAAGAAGAACUUGAUGAAGCAGAGAGUGAGAAUGAGAGUGAUGAAAAUGAGGAGGAGGGCGAUUCUACAUCAACAUCUGCGACGACUACCCCAUCCAAUAUACCAGCCGAGAAGCCUGUGGACAGUACACCGGCUGUCGUCACCAAAUACGUGCCUCCACAUCUGCGAAAGGCGGCAUCGUCCAAAUCAGAACAGCAAAUCCGUCUCCAAAGAACUCUUCAAGGUCUUUUCAACAGAUUAAGUGAAACCAACAUGGAAAGCAUUAUGCUGGAAAUCGAAAAAUGCUACGGCAACUAUCCUCGUCACGACGUUACCGCAACCACCUCUGAAAUUAUUCUUACCUCCAUUGCAACCAAGUCCAACUUGUUGGAUUCCUUUGUGAUUAUCUAUGCCACAGUGGUGGGCAGUCUAUUCCGAUUAGUUGGUGUGGAGUUUGCUGCUCAUCACGUUCAAGAGUUGGUGGAAAUGUUUGAAAAGAAUUUCAAGCAAUGCCGCGACAUGAUGGCGGCCGGCGUGGAGAAUGAUGACGAAGCUAUUCCCGGAGCCAGAGAAUGCAGAAAUUUACUUACGUUGCUGCUGGAAUUAUAUAAUUUCCAAGUGAUUUCAUGCAUUCUCGUCUUUGACAUUGUGCGCGUGCUCAUAAAGCAUUUGGAUGAAUACUGUGUGGAACUUUUAUUGAGAAUUAUUCGAACUGCCGGAGCGCAAAUGCGUGCGGAUGAUCCCGCGGCUCUGAAAGAUAUUAUCGAUGAAAUUCAAAAGGAAACUGCGAAACGUGAUCCUUCAAGCAUUUCCAUGCGUCACAAGUUCAUGUUGGAGACAUUGACCAAUAUCAAGAAUAAUAAAAUCAAGAAUGGAGUGACGGCUUCCGGUCAAGGUGACAAGGAGUUGGUGCAAAAGAUGAAGAAAUAUCUCAAUGGUCUCGGCAAGAAACGUACCAUUAGAACCUCGGAACCUUUGCGCGUGAGUCUGGACGAUAUUCAUCAGAUAGAAACCAAGGGUAAAUGGUGGUUAGUGGGUGCAUCUUGGAAAGACAACUUGGUGGGUACCGAGAGCAAAUACGCAUCAAGUAAAAUGGCAAAUGAUCUACGAAAAGAUCAGUCAUUGCAAGAAACCCUGUUGAAGAUUGCAAGAAAACAAGGAAUGAAUACAGAUAUCCGAAGGAGUAUCUUUGUUACUGUGAUGUCAGCCGAAGAUUAUCUUGAUGCGUUUGAAAAGCUCAUGAAGUUGUCCCUCACGGAAAUCCAACAACGUGAAAUUGCAAGAGUACUAAUCCAGUGCACAGGCAAUGAAAAAUCGUUUAACCCAUUUUACGUUUUGGUGAGCCGACGAUUGUGCGAAUCGAACCACUCUUUCAAGGUGACCUAUCAAUACUGUUUAUGGGACUUUUUGCGAGAUUGUGGCGAAACCGAGGUCGGAGGUCUGGAUCGUAGCAGUACCGAGAGCGCGGGCGAUCACAAGAACAUUCGAUUAAGCAGGAUCGUCAAUAUUGCCAAAUUCUACGCAUCGCUCAUUGCCAAUCAUGCGUUAUCGUUGGCGGUUCUCAAGAGCGUGAAUUUCAUGACGCUCGGCACCAACGGCCGGAUCUUCUUGGAAAUCCUAUUUGCCAAUAUUAUCCUGCAGUGUAAAGAAGGCGGACCUCAAGCCAUCGCCAAUGUGUUUGGCAAAAUCAACCAGAUGCGUACCUUGGCGCAAGGCUGCAUUUUCUUCAUGCAGGAAUCAGUGGUCACAGCAAAACAUCUAAGUCUCGAUGAACAGGACAUGGAAACGGUUCGCUGGGGUUGUAAGGUGGCUCGUGAAGUUCUCAGUAAAUAAGGCAUUCUCAUCAUCAUCAAAAGCAUAUUGCAUCGUGAUUCCAUAGACAAUAAAAAUGUAUUACAUUCUCGUUUUCUAGUUUUUGUUGAUGAUUUGUACACUGACAUCCUCAUUAAAAAC